UGUGUACCCCAUUACAAAUUUUUUUUGGCUACGCCUAUGCCUGUUGGCGAACAGCUGUCAGGAAUGCCGACAACAACAACCACGACGCUAUGGCGAACUUGGAAUGGGUGUGCGUGCCGCGAUGCUACGAGGUCCGAAAGAACCGCCUGGCUGGGCAGGUCACGGUGGAUCAUCCGUUGAAGCAGCAAACAGUGACGGUGGUGGACAGCAAUCCCUUGAGCAGAGCUCUGGAAGGUACUGAUCCGCUAUCACAAUUUGCUCGCCAAGAUGAGGAACUCAACGAUCCUCUCAACCAAAUGGUCAGCGAAUUCGAUCUCAAGUCAAAGAGACGCGAGCGGGAGAGAUCGGAGCCGGAGGACAACACGCUGCAGUGGAGCAGUCGGAGACUGGGCAUCCUUAACCGCUUUACCACCAACGAGAAGCUUUCGCUUUCUACCAGCUUCCUAGUGGCAUCCGGAAGUCUGGACGGCAACGAAAGCAUCAAAGCACAAACUGUGGUGGCCGACAAGACAAAGUACCGACUGGAGCAGUUGGAUCACUUUGACGAUGGCAGCAUGCGCCACAUGAUGGAUCUCACGCAGCAGGAAUACAUUCAGCGAUUUGAACAGCUCAAGCAGGAACUAACCCAGUCCUGGCACAACGAUCAGCGGGUUAAGGCUCUGAAAAUAGCUAUUCAGUGUGCAAAGAUGCUGGCAGACACCACUGUUCUGCAGUUUUAUCCGAGUCAGUAUGUGCUCAUCACGGAUAUACUGGAUGUUUUCGGUAAACUGGUAUAUGAUCGAUUAAAAGCCAAGGCCUUUGGAGAUCCCACAGCUUCGGCUGCCACUUUGGAGAGGGAAAGAGAAGCAGCACGUGAUACCUGCCAAAAUUGGUUUUAUAAGAUUGCCUCUAUUCGGGAGUUGCUGCCGCGUCUUUACUUGGAGCUGUCAAUCUUCAAGUGUUACGAGUUCCUGACAUCAUCGCGCGAGGAGUACGAGCGAAUAUUGCAACGUUUGACUCAUCAAUUAAGGGGCAUAGCCGAUCCUUUGGUAUCCAGCUACGCGCGUUGCUACUUGGUUCGGAUGGGCGUGACGCUUACCAACAGUAAGACUUACAUCAGGGAGAACUUCAGCGAUCUGUUCACAAUAUAUCCUCAGAUCUUCCGGUUUGUGGCCCGUUUCAACCUGCAUCCUGAAAUCGUCACUGCUAGCUCCUAUCUGCAGCUUUAUGUCCCAGCCUUUGACUAUAUGCUUCUCUGCCUUGUUCACAAAUGCGAACUCCACACGCAGGAUAUGCUCAAUGAAUGCAAGCAGCUUAAGAAUAACGGUGCUAUUCUGAUGUCUAUACUGAAUUCCUUUAAAUCAGAGUUCAUAGCCACAAACGCUUUGGAAUUUAUAGAGCUUAUUAAUACAUCGGAAACGCCUGGAAUCUCCAAAUCGCAAUUGCUGCGCUCCCUAGGAAGCUGUGUUAGUAGCUGUGCUCCUCUGCAGGAACAGCGGGUCUCCUUCCUGAAAGCUGCCUUUGAGACGAUCAACAAGCUUACCGAUCCUAAUGAGUAUAUAAACUGUGUAGAGACUUGGGCCGUUUUUGUAUCUCAAUAUUUCACGGUACAUGAAGUUAACCGAUUACUGGGCGAACUGAAUGCGCGGAUGUGUCUUGGCAAAGCUUAUGAAAAACACUAUUCUCAGUUGCAAAACAUUCUAACCAGGAUAAUGCAAAACUAUCGGAGUAUAGAGCUGCUGCUGAUACAGCCCAAUUUUCUGCCCUACUUGGACCUCUUUCAAAAGGAAUCGGUUCGUGUUGAAGUUUGUAAAAACAUUCUCAGUUUUUAUAAACAGAAUAGUGAUGAAUAUACUUGCGACGCUGUGGUCACGAAUGCAUUGAUGUAUCUCGGAAAGAUUUUGAAUGAUUCUGUGAACGCUCUCUCUGUGGAGGAUGAACGCCGUCAGAUUUCUCAGCUCAUCAAUGUCUUUAUUCACAAAGUUCACUUUGGACGCGACUUGGAGCAGCAACUUAGUUUUUAUGUAGAGGCACGAGGCACGUUCAGUAAUCUGGAUGCAGUCUAUGUGACCUUGGUUCAUGCAGCCUGCAAAUUAGCCACCCGAAAUCGUUCAAAAUCAACAGGAUUCGUUAAGGCCUGUAUUGCCUACUGCUUCAUUACCAUUCCCAGCAUUGGAGCUGUCCAGCAGCAAAUGAAUUUGUAUUUGCUGUGCGGUCAACUGGCUCUGCAGCAUCUCUGCCUGGGGCAAGCUGAUGCUUGCUUUGAGGCCGCAUUGCAAUUGGUUGAUGAGCUGCCCGCAGCCACUGUGGACUUCGAUGGAAAGCCUCGUAGCCUAGAGAGAUUCCUGGUAUCGUACAUGUGCAAUAUGUUGGCCACAUUGAUUGUAGUUCCGGAUAGUCCGGAGCAGGGUGUCCUGUAUUUCCUUCGACUUCUGCUAGACGUGGUUGGGAGGCAUGAAUUCAAAACGGACAGUACGGCGCCAAGUAUCAUCUACUUGCAUUCCCUCGACAUGCUCUAUACGCAGAGCCUAGAAAAGUUUCCCUAUCACAUAAAAGGAGUGGUGUCCAAUGACGAUUUGUAUGGCCACGAUCCCAAAUUUUUGCAGGAGGUAAACAAUUUGUGUGUUCAGGUUGUUGAUGCCAUCCUGCUGCAGCUCAAAUCAUUGGGAGUAGCCCACCAACAGCGAUCGCAAGCAGAGCUAGCCUUGGAACUUUUUCUAAGGAUUGUGCGAUACGCUGACUUGGAGAGGGAAACUAUCUCCCAAUUGGCAGUGAAUCUAUGGCUUCUUGCCAACAAGGCACAAGCACAACUGGAUGUAAAGACAUUGCCCCAAACACUGCGCAGUGUAGAGGUUCUUUACAAGCAAAUAAAAGAUGCCUCACCCGUACAGGCUCAGGCUAUUGCCAAAUUACUCCUACGAAUGCGAAACAGCUGAGAAAUGAGCUUGUAAGAACUCUAUCCAUAUUCGCUGAGAUUAUAUAUUCUUGUGUGCAUGAAUCUUUUACGGAUUUAUUGCCCGGCUUAUCCUGCGUUUGUGCUUUUUCAACCUUGACAAGGAACUGAACAAUUUUUGUAUUACAAUUCUGUGCAAUUAUGAGUAUGUUAUAGCGUUUGAAGACUUGAUUAAAUAUUGACCUGUAA